UACGGGUUGUACGGGAAACAAAUGGGAUAACAACAAAUAUGGAUUUUUUGCAACCCGCACGCGAAAGAGAAUAAAAAUACACCAAAUAUUGGAAAAUGUGCUAUUUUCUACGAUUUCAGCCGAGUGCAUGAACCUUUGAGUUGUUUUGGAAUUGUGAAAUAUCCGCGCAGAAGUAACACGAGAUACCAUACUUUCUGAGUACGCAAAAUAGAACCACGCGCGUAAGAAAGAAAGGGCGUGUUAAUAGGCGCAGUGCAGUCAUUGCAAGAAGCGAAUAUUGGUGCAACGACACUCAACGAUGUCGUCUGCACAGCGAGCAUUCGCUUCAAAGCUGACCAAACACAACUCCUCGGACAUCCGGAAGAACGUGGCAAACUACCAACUUUUAUCGAAAAGUGAUAGCAGCUCCGUGUGCUCGUCUUCCAUAUCACUGUGCGAUUUGGUAGAGCCGAUCGAUUAUGAGGAAUUUCUGGCCCAACAUAGCACACUGUUGCAAAAGGAUCACCUUAGAUCGAUUCUUGACUUCCCUUCUGGGGAUGUACAGGUGAAGAUAGUGCCGCGUAAAAUACGUACCACCGAACAUGUCAUCCCGAAGGAGCCGAUGGAGGUGUUGCCACUUUAUGUGCAGCACUGUGUCGAUUGCUUCACAAGGCCCUGGAAGGUGGUAGAGUUUUCGGCAAGACACCACUCCAGUUCGUGUAACGCGCGCGAACGGAAAGAUAAGGGAGCCCUCAGUCCCACGUCGUACCAACAGGAGUUUGAAAUAGAUCGGGACUUCAGCAACUUGGUAUCGUUGGAAGAAUCGGUCACUUCUACCACGCUGUAUGCCAGUGAAAGCUGUACCCCGAGCAGUCGCCAGUCUAUUGCGAGUCUUUCAUCGGUGUCCACCUGUACCGAUACGCUCACCCCACGGGGAUCUUGGGCAUCGUUUGAUCUGAGAAGCUCGGUGAACGAUCCUCUCAUUACGGGUGUGCUAGAGCGAGUUCCGCCAGAAAGUGUCGAUCAAAGCAAUGAAAGCAAACGGCAGGAGGAGCGCCAACCGGCACUAUUUGGUUUGUACGCAGAUGGUGAAACGGAAGAAGCGAUCGAGAAACGCAUGCCUGCAGACAUGCCGAUGGAACAUUUGGGCAAUCGAAUUCACGUGAAAUGCCUUCAUCUAAAACUGGAGCUAGAGGUGGAGCCUAUCUUCGCUUCGAUGGCUAUAUACGAUGCUAAGGAGAAGAAAAAGCUGUCGGAAAACUUUUACUUCGACAUGAAUCCGGAGUCGUUGCGGCGCAUGCUAGUGAACCAUGUGCCGUUUGCUGAUAUCAGCACCCAGGCGCGAGAAGCUAUCUUCGACAUAACGAACCCGAGCAACGAACUGUACCUCGUAAUAAGGCUGGAAAAAGUGCUUCAAGGCGAUAUCAAAGAUUCAGUCGAACCUUAUCUGAAGGACGAUAAGGACAAAUACAAGGAUAAAGCCAAAUCUAAUGCGGCCGAUUAUUGCGAACGGCUCGGAAAGUAUCGAAUGCCGUUUGCUUGGACAGGCAUCUAUUUAACCGGCAUCUUUAACGGAGACGGCAUGGAAAAGGAUGACCGUGAGAGCAUUGGCUCGGCAUCAAGCUCCAACAGCUUGGACCGCAAAUCGUCUACUAGCAGCUUCGAUCAAUUCCGUAAAAGAGCCACCGAUAUGGGCACACUUACACGGCGGGGAUCAUUGGAGCGGAAGAUGGAAAAGCGCCGCUCCUGGUCGCCGGAUGAUUUUGCCAACAGCAUUGAAACAUUCCGACCGAUCACAAUUACCGUAGCAAGCUUCUUCAAACAAGAGUCCGACAAAAUGAAGGACGAAGAGUUGUAUAAAUUUUUACCGGAAUUGAAACGGCCCGCCGCGCUCAUGAAAAAGCACAAAUGUAUACCAGGAUCGAUAAAGGUAGAGAUUGCUCCCGCUCCAGAAGAGCUGAAGUACGCACUGACACCAGAGUUGGCAAAAAUCGACCCUUAUCCGGAUGAUCAUUCUCGGCCGGUGAAGGAAAUUCUGGAAUUUCCAUCCACACCGAUACUGAACCCAUAUUACGCCUACCGUAAUUUGCUGUUUGUUUCGCCAAAGGAGCUUAAUUUUUCGACACGUGCUGGCUCGGCUCGCAACAUUGCCGUGCGCGUGCAGCUAAUGGGUGGUGAGAAGCAGUCGGAUGCACUUCCGGCCAUUUUCGGCAAGAGUUCGUGCUCGGAGUUCAGUACCGAGGCCUAUAGUGCGGUCAAUUAUCACAAUAAGCAGCCGACGUUUUACGAUGAGAUUAAAAUUGAGCUGCCAGCCAAUCUGAAGCAGAAUCAUCACAUCUUGUUCACUCUGUUCCAUGUUUCCUGUCAGAAGAAACCACAGGAAGUGCAAACAACAGUAGAAACGCCGGUAGGCUACACCUGGCUGCCGGUGCUUAAAGAUGGCGGCCAUCUAAACGUGGGCGAAUUUAAUCUUCCUGUAAUGGUUGAAGAACCACCGAACAACUAUUCUUUCAUACCGCCGGACGUACAGCUACCCGGAACCAAGUGGUUGGACAACCACCGGCAGGUGUUUUCCGUUACAAUUGAUGCCGUUACCUCGGUGCAUGCCUUGGAUGAUUAUCUGGAUAAAUUUAUUUAUCUGUGCGAAUGUUUAGACAUGCGUAAGGUUCCACCGCGCAUCGGUGAAGGAAACAUGGAAAAGGAGUUCAAGAAAACGCUGCAGGAGCUGCAAAGUGCUGACCAGGAACAACUUGUGAAAAAUUUGCAAGUAAUACUGGAUAAGCUGAUCGAGCUGCUGGUAACGAGCUACAAGAUUGGCGGCGAAGCAUUGUCCCUGGGACAGACAGUAUUCGAAACAAUCUGCCAGAUAUCUGACAAAAUCUUCUUCCUACAGCCUGACGAGCGCUACGGCCGGCAAAACAUUCUGAGCACUUACAUUCAAUAUCAAUGUAAAAUACCUCAUCCAAUGGAUCCGAAGUGCAAAUUGGCCUCACUUCAAAUGCCUAUCCGACGGCCUGCAUCGGCCGAGGAAAUCAAUCGUAGCACAAGCAACCCAGAUUUGAUGGCACUCUCUGAUCUAAAUUCAAGCCGUACUGUUGAUCGUGCCCUUAGUAUGCGAUCGGACGGUUGUUCACCAGGCUCAGGUGUAAAGGAUGGACUCGUACGUCUAUUGCACGAAGAAAUUGCACUCAAUUGGGUAGUGGCUAGUGGUUCCGCUGCUGAAUUAUCGAUGACCAACUCGUGGAUGCUGUUUGAAUUGAUCGUGAAAAGCAUGGUCGAGCAUUUGGAGCUUACGAAUGCGCUUAACUCUCCUCGUAAGAGCCGCUUUCCGCAUCAGUACACUGAUGAUAUAGCCACGUUGGUACAUCUGGUUACGACUAAAGUGGUGGGCUACAACAGCAGUGACCAAAAGCUGGCCCAAUCCAUAAAUUCUAGUUUAGCAUUCUUCAUAUUCGAUCUGCUAAGUAUAAUGGAUCGUGGGUUCGUGUAUGGACUCAUUAAAACGUACUACAAAGUGAUCAUGACCAAAAGCUCACCAACUCCGGACAUGAUUCAAUAUAAGCUGGACUUUUUGCGUAUCGUGUGCAGUCAUGAGCACUUUGUGGCGUUGAAUCUACCUUUUGGCACUCCAUAUACGGUGCUUUCGGCUCCGUGCAGUCCAACACCGAGCGUUACAUCGAACCACAGUCAGAACUCGUACAUUAGCGCCAUGACUGGUAACGAUCGUGCUUUGUACGCAGAUUUGAGUGUAGAGUUCCGCCAGCAACAUUUUCUGGUAGGAUUGGUCCUGCAAGAGCUCUCUAAUGUGCUGGACAUCUCCAAUACACAGCUACACGGUAAAGCGAUCCGUUGUCUAAGGAAUUUACUUACUUCCCAUGAUCUGGAUCCUCGCUACAGCGAGACAGAUGCAAGGGCCCGCGUCGCAGCUCUCUAUCUACCAUUGCUGGGUAUUGUAAUGGACGUUAUACCUCAGCUACACACCCCUGUGUCGCAAUCUCACGAUCGACUGAACACAAUCGGCCAGCUGGAUGAUUACCAAGGUCCGGCGGCUACGGUUCCUGCGACGAGCACCAUUAGUCCGGAGGUAGCUUUUGCGAUCUCUGGCAUUCGUCGCUACAGUUACGUCUCGGAAACGCCCAAACCAAAAACGGUCCUAACGAAUGAUACCCGCAAUCUGUUGGCCUGUUUUUUGUGGGUGUUGAAGAAUCUCGAACCAAACACCCUGGUAAAGUACACGAUGGGGUUGAGCCCGCAUCGAGUACAUCAAAUGCUUCAGGUGCUGAACAUUUGUAUACCAAAUUUUGAAUAUCGCGGAAAAAAGCAACCGACAAACACAUCCAAGCGCAACACCUCAAGCUUCCGCAAAACACCGGAUAUGCGCGAAAAGCUGGAAGAAUUCAUCCGUGGCACGGGCUCAGCAAGGAACGAUCUCAUCAACCGGCGUAAGGAUGGACGCAACUCUACGGAUAAACUUCGCUGGAAGAAGGAUCAAAUACGCACCCAGUUUUACGAUAGCAAUAUUAAGAAUGAAGCAGAACUGGAGAUGUGUAAUUACAUUGAAGGCUCUCUGGCGACAGAGGUGUGCUUAAUCAUUCUCGAUACGUUGGAAAUGAUCGUGCAGGUUGCAUCAUCUUCAGAGAUGCAUCACAACCUGCUGGGCACUGUGCUGAAGGUGUUACUGCAUGCUCUUUCCCGUAACCAGAGUACGCUGGCAUUGCAAAAUCUAUUCGCCUCGCAACGCUCCCUGGUGUUUAAGUACCAUAAUUUGCUCUUCGACGAAGAAACGGACAACUGUGCUGAUCUUUGUUUGUUGCUCCUCAAACAUUGUGGUUCGCAGCUACCGACCGUACGCUCGCAGGCGGCAGCCUCGUUAUAUCUACUAAUGAGACAGAACUUUGAGAUAGGAAAUAAUUUUGCUCGUGUGAAGAUGCAGGUUACAAUGUCACUCAGUUCACUGGUGGGCACUAGUUCCUCAUUUAGCGAACAGUCGUUACGUCGUGCGUUGAAAACGAUACUUGUAUAUGCUGAAUCUGAUACAGAUUUACAAGAGACAUCAUUUCCCGAGCAAGUCCAGGAUUUGCUGUUCAAUCUGCACAUGAUUCUGUCGGACACAGUCAAAAUGAAAGAAUACCAGGAAGACCCUGAGAUGUUGCUCGAUCUCAUGAACCGCAUUGCCAAGGGAUAUCAAAAUUCUCCCGAUCUUCGCCUCACGUGGCUUGAAAACAUGGCAAAGAAACACACAGAACGGGCAAACCACACCGAAGCGGCUAUGUGCUACGUCCACAGUGCCGCGCUUGUAGCAGAGUACCUAAGUAUGCUGGAAUCUCAAACCCAUCUACCGGUGGGAGCCGUCUCGUUCAAGCACAUUUCACCAAAUGCACUCAUGGAAUCAGCCGUUUCGGACGAUGUGGUAAGCCCGGGCGAGGAUGGUAUAUGCCUUGGCAAUAGCUUCACCGAGGGUGGAUUGAAACAAUUACUCGAUCAUGCGGCUAGCGCCUUCCAGGCUGCGGGCAUGUAUGAGGCAAUGAACGAUGUCUACAAGGUGCUCAUACCGAUUUGUGAGGCGAACAGAGAUUUCCGUAAAUUAGCCCAAAUUCAUGGUAAACUGUUGGAGGCUUUCAAUCGAAUUGCACAGCUGCAGGGCAAACGUGUUUUUGGCACCUAUUUUCGCGUUGGUUUCUAUGGUGCAAAGUUUGGCGAUCUCGACCAGCAGGAAUUCAUUUACAAGGAACCAACACUUACAAAAUUGCCGGAAAUAUUUAGUCGGCUGCAAAAUUUUUACGCGGAUAGAUUUGGUCCAGAUGUGGUGCAGAUUAUAAAAGAUUCGAAUUUAGUGGAAAUCUCAAGCCUGGACCCGGACAAGGCUUACAUCCAAAUUACCUAUGUGGAGCCGUACUUUGAAACAUAUGAACUACGUUACAGGGAAACGUAUUUUGAGCGCAAUUUCAACAUAAAACGUUUCAUUUUUGCUACGCCCUUUACGAAAUCGGGAAAAGCGCACGGUGAUUUACAUGAACAGUGUAAACGCAAAACAAUUUUAACCACCGCCAACCACUUCCCGUAUGUGAAAACACGCAUCCAGGUGGUGCAACGCCAACAAAUUGUGCUGGAACCAAUCGAGGUGGCAAUUGAGGAUAUACAGAAAAAGACUGCCGAACUCGCUGCAGCUACCACCCAGGAACCGGCAGAUCCGAAAAUUUUGCAAAUGGUUCUGCAAGGUUGCAUUGGCACUACCGUCAACCAGGGUCCAAUGGAAAUGGCGCUCGUGUUCCUCUCCAAUAUCGCUAAUGGUAACACAAUACCAACAAAGCACCAGAACAAGUUACGACUUUGUUUCAAAGAUUUUUCUAAAAAAUGUGCUGAUGCACUAAAGAAGAAUCGUAAUCUAAUUCUAUCUGAUCAGAAAGACUACCAAAAGGAGCUGGAGCGGAAUUAUCAGGUAUUUACCGAGCGCCUUGCUCCACUGAUCACUAUUAGUCCAGCACAGGCCCAGGGGUUAGUAGCGGUGAAAAACGACCUCCACAAUAACAACCGUUUGACCUGUUCACUUCGAUUCUAAAGACUGUUUUAAUCGUUUGUGCUCUCUACAUAUGAAUUGCAAUGGAGUUUGUCGUGUAUCACAUAAGGAAUAUGGAUUGAUCAAUGGCUAAUCUUCGUUUCGAUUAUGUAGUAUAUUCAUCAAUACAGACAGCAAAUCAAAGAUGAAAGUAAAACUACAAGUUUAAUAGGAAGUUCUUGGCUAUUAUUCUACCAGUAAAUGAUUUACAACUUGAUGUGUUGCGUGUAAUGAUAAUGUUUUCCGUACAUUUUUUGUACCAUUGAAUAAAAUAGGCAUCGCUCUCUGAAACAUUAAA